AAGGAGCGAGGUCAGAGGGCCCCGGGAGAGCGCCGAUGGCUGGUGACCCGAGGUCCACGCCACCCACCCGCAGCCUCCUUCCCCGAGCCUUUGGGAACGGGUUGUUGGCCAGACAAGUCCCAGAAACUGCCUGCUUUGAAGCAUGAAUAAGUGCGAAAAGACUUAGCAAUGAAUUUUCAAAAUGAAUUAUACAGAGUCCAGCCCAUUGAGAGAAUCAACUGCCAUAGGUUUUACACCUGAAUUAGAAAGCAUCAUACCUGUGCCUUCCAAUGAGACCGCUUGUGAAAAUUGGAGAGAGAUACAUCAUCUGGUUUUUCAUGUAGCAAAUAUUUGUUUUGCAGUUGGGUUGGUUAUUCCAACUACUCUUCACCUGCAUAUGAUAUUUCUUAGGGGAAUGUUAACUCUAGGAUGUACCCUUUAUAUUGUCUGGGCCACUCUCUACCGAUGUGCCUUGGAUAUAAUGAUCUGGAACUCUGUGUUCUUGGGUGUCAACAUUUUGCAUCUGUCGUAUCUUUUAUACAAGAAGAGACCGGUGAAGAUUGAAAAGGAACUCAGUGGCAUCUACCGGCGGUUGUUUGAACCACUCCGUGUGCCUCCAGAUUUGUUCAGAAGACUAACUGGACAGUUUUGCAUGAUCCAAACCUUGAAAAAGGGCCAGACUUAUGCUGCAGAGGAUAAAACCUCAGUUGAUGACCGUCUGAGUAUUCUCUUAAAGGGAAAAAUGAAGGUCUCCUAUCGAGGACAUUUUCUGCAUAACAUUUACCCCUGUGCCUUUAUAGAUUCUCCUGAAUUUAGAUCAACUCAGAUGCACAAAGGUGAAAAAUUCCAGGUCACCAUUAUUGCAGACGAUAACUGCAGAUUUUUAUGCUGGUCAAGAGAAAGAUUAACAUACUUUCUGGAAUCAGAACCUUUCUUGUAUGAAAUCUUUAGGUAUCUUAUUGGAAAAGACAUUACAAAUAAGCUCUACUCAUUGAAUGAUCCCACCUUAAAUGAUAAAAAAGCCAAAAAGCUGGAACAUCAGCUCAGCCUCUGCACACAGAUCUCAAUGUUGGAAAUGAGGAACAGUAUAGCCAGCUCCAGUGACAGUGACGACGGCUUGCACCAGUUUCUUCGGGGUACCUCCAGCAUGUCCUCUCUUCAUGUGUCAUCCCCACACCAGCGAGCCUCUGCCAAGAUGAAACCGAUAGAAGAAGGAGCAGAAGAUGAUGAUGAGGUCUUUGAACCGGCAUCUCCAAAUACAUUGAAAGUCCAUCAGCUGCCUUGAUCAGAGAAAGAAUUCGGGUUACCAAGACAGAACAUGUCUUGAAGAGAUCCUGAAAAAUACCAGCACUUUUUCGUGGCUUUUAGGUUCUUCUGCUUUAGUGCAUCCAGACUGGUAGUGCCUGAGGGAGGAAGUGAGGAAGGGUCAAGGAUGGAAGGGUUCUUUCACUUACCCUUUUGAUUAGUCAGCUUUUAAAGUAAUUGUUUUACUGAGCCUUCUGACUAUGCCUUGUUCUCUUUUGAGAUAUAUAUUUUCACAGUC